AUGAGUGAUAAGUGGUCCAAAGAAAAAAUAAUUCAUUUAAUUGAAUUAUAUGAGGAUGCCAGUUGCUUAUGGGACUCGAAAUCUUCCGAUUAUAAAAAUAAGAUGAAACGUAAAGACGCAUUUAUUGAUAUUGCUAACAAACUUAACUUUGAAGAGCAAGAGGUAAGAAAAAAAAUUGAAUCUCUUUUAACUCAGUAUCGCAGAGAAAAAAAGGCUUUGGUUUUAAAAUCUGGAAUGUCUAGCGAUGAUGUAAAAACACCUUGGUACGCUUAUAAAUAUUUCCACUUUUUAGCUAAGAAAAAUACUCCGAGAAUUACGCGAUCUAAUAUCAGUGAAGAUGGUGAAAGUAAUUUAUUUGAUUCCGAUUUACUUGAAACAGAAUCAGGUAAUGAGGAUAGUGUCAGUGAACAGAAUUCUAUCGAAAUUGAAAAUCCUUCCGAAAAUGUUGAAAAUUAUGAAGAUGAUGAUCAAACGAAAGAAGCAUAUGCUAUUAUGAAAUCUUGUUAUUCGAAAAUACAAGAAAACCAACAAAGGGACGAGUUAAAAGUUUAUGGGGAAUCAGUUGAAUUUAGAUUAAGGAAAAUUAAAAAUCCAAUAACUGUAUGUUUACUGAAAAAUCAAAUAGACAACCUGUUAUUUAAAGCCGAAAUGGAUCAAUACACACACGAUUCUUCGCUGCCUCAGCCAUUAGAAUUGAAUGCACCAUUACUAAAACCAUCGACUACUACAGUUACACAACAGGCAAGAGAUUCUCCGCAACUACAAAACUUCAAUAUGCAAGAUUACGUUCAAUUUUAUUAA